UUCUUCAUACGUGUCGCGUCGUUCGCUUUCACAUUCGUUUUAUUUUUGGGCUGAAAGAGCUUCACAACAACACAUAAAAUGGCUCCUCCACAGAGAAUGCGCGUCGCCAACGAGAAGGCCAGCAAAUAUGUGACAAUGCGUGGCAAUGUACCAAAAUCCUCGAAAGCGAAAGAGGGACAGUACCCCGUUGGACCCUGGCUCUUGGCGCUGUUCAUCUUCGUUGUCUGCGGCUCGGCUAUUUUCCAAAUCAUUCAGUCGAUUCGCGCUGCGUAAAUGGUUCCAGAUGACGGACUGUAGCAAUAAACAACUGAAGAUACUUCUUUCUGUAA